AUGGCUUCUCGACCACCCAACCUUCUCCGCUAUCUCCGUCUCCAAACAGCUCGAAACACUAGACCGCAUGCGUCGCGACGAAAUAUUUCCACUCCCUCUCCUCCGCAGCCACCGAAGCCGUCACAGUCGAGCUCUAGUGACUCUCCUUCUCGCCUGCGCCGGUUCAACGACCGGCUUCCUCGGUUUCUCCGCGCAUAUACCACACCCUUAUUUGGAGCGCCAGUCACCCAUAUCACAUCAUUCCUAAUACUCCACGAACUCACCGCUAUUGUUCCACUAUUCGGGCUGGUUGGCGCGUUUCAUUAUGGUGCCUGGAUGCCGGAUCUUGCAUCUCAAACAGGCGAGACCAAUGCCUUCGACGAAGGAGCUGCGCGUUUCGGUCGCUGGCUGAAGAAGAAAGGUUGGGUGGAUGAAUCCGACGUGAAUACUGUUACGGAGCAUGAAACCACCGCAGAGAAAUCGGUGGACCGAUCAGGGGUUCGAUUGGUGCUGGAGUUUGCUACGGCCUAUGCGAUCACGAAAGCUCUGUUGCCAGCCCGGUUGGCAGCCAGUGUUUGGGCGACACCGUGGUUUGCAAGGUCGGUCUUUACACCGACAGCUAACCUCGCCAGGCGGCUAUUCAGAAGAUGA